GUCUGCUAUUGCGCAUCGGGGAGGUACAAGGUUUCAGUAUAAUUGUAAUUCAAAUGUUAUGUUUAUGUUAUUGGACGGACUGAAAAUACUUCCGAUUUGCGCAUCUUUUUUUCCGGUUUCCUGCUACAGCAGUUUGUUAUACCUAAUGUGAACGGCGGAGCGAGUUUACGGCGCACGACACUACUGUACAUUUGGGAAGAAAUACGUUGAGUCGGAAGAACAGCGGUCUGUAUUAUUUUCAUUUUGACUUGGUAUCGAUUUGACACAUCAUGUCGUAUGCACAGAGAGACGGGUUUCGCUCCCAGCCCAGGGAUUUCGGUGGUCUUAUUCAGACAUGUAGUGCUAACGUCCAAAAAAUUACCCAGAACACUGCAGACAUAAGGACAAUGGUGAAUAAACUGGGAACCAUACAGGAGACCAGUGAGCUACAGGACAGGUUACAGCAGCUGCAACAUUAUACGAACCAGCUUGCCAAAGAAACAAACAAGCACUUAAAGGAGUUAGGAAGCCUUCCAACUCCAUCCCAUCCAUCAGAACAGCGCCAGCAGAAGCUUCAGAAGGAACGUUUAAUGAAUGAAUUCUCUGCAGCAUUGAAUAACUUCCAGAUUGUCCAGCGUAAGGCUGCAGAAAAAGAAAAGGAAUCUGUAGCAAGAGCAAAAGUUGGGUCACGUUUGAAUGAAGACAGUCACAAAGAUGAACAGCUUGUUUCAUUUGACAGUAAUGAUGAUUGGAAGCAAACACAAGCCCAGUUUGAAGAAGCUGCUAUAACUGAAGAGGACCUUGAGCUAAUUAAAGAGAGAGAGACUGCAAUCAGGCAACUUGAGGCUGACAUUCUCGAUGUGAACCAGAUCUUUAAAGAUUUAGCUGUGAUGAUACAUGACCAAGGAGACAUGAUUGACAGUAUUGAAGCAAAUGUUGAAAGUGCAGAGGUCCAUGUUGAAAAUGCCAGUGAACAGCUACAAAGAGCUGCCAUGUAUCAGAAAAAGUCAAGAAAGAAGAUCUGCAUCUUGCUUAUGUUUCUGGUGCUGGUUGCUGUGAUUGUGGGUCUGAUAAUCUGGCGGGCAGCACAGUGAAGAGAAUAUGGAAAGAUUUGCUCCCCACAGGAAGAAUUUUAGCACUGUACUUGGAUGGAAUGAACUAACGGUCAUCAGAGAGCACACUCCACUUGAGAUUUUCUUCACUAAUAUAUAUGUAUAUAUGAAAUUUACUUGAAAAAAUAGUCCAUGAACAUUUUGUGAACCACAGAAAUACUAUUUAUAAGUUUCUGUAUAACAAACGUGUAUUGUUUUUGUAAAUAAUGAAUGUAUUAUCCUUGUUAUUACUGUUUUAGAAUAAUACAUGUACUGCAUUAUGCAGAUUGUAGGGUGCUGGAAAACUGAAUGUUUUUCAGUAUGAUGUAUAGUUGCACAUUGUGUUUAUUGGAGUACACUACAGUACUAAUGCUACUAGUUUAAUUUUAGAAGUGCAGACUUGUUUUACCGUUUAUAUGCAAAAUGAUUCUGCAAACUUUGUACAGUGUAAUUGGCACUUUAUAAAUAGCGUGUUUUAAAAUUGA